AUAUUCAUUCAAAUAUCAAUGUUGUAUCCGUCCAAUAUUCACAAUUGAGUUUGUCACAAUAGUUUCGUGUUCUUACUUUUUGGUGGGUUGUGGCGUCUGGGUUUCCCAACAACAUCCUUCUGCAGAAGAAUGGGAAGCUAUCGCUGAUGGGUUGUUUGCGUCUUCGCUUCUUCGGUUUGUAAUUUUGUAUUUGAUUGAUAAUUAGGUUCUCGGUGGUCAAGAACUGUAGUUUUAGAAAUGUGUUAAAGCUGUUUUAAAAUUGAGCCUCAUCUGUUCUAAUGAGUGACAUUGAAGAUGAGGAUGCACUUUCUAAGCCUCUUGGAAGAUGGUCUAUCUUCUAUUACAGUGUGGGGCAUAUGCUGAAUGACAUCACUGCUGCUUGCUGGUUUACUUAUAUCUUAUUGUUCUUGACAGAUAUUGGACUGUCCCCAAGGGAUGCUGCUGUGGUGAUGCUUGCUGGACAAGUAGCUGAUGGAUUUGCGACUGUGUUUACUGGUGAACUGAUAGACAGGUUUGGACAUUUCAAAAUAUGGCAUGGUGCAGGAUCUAUGUUGGUUGCCAUUUCAUUUUCUUCAGUUUUCGGAGUUUGCAUACCUUGUAAAGUUUUAGCGACCUGUUCGUCUAUGGUGCAAAUUAUCUCAUACAGCACGUCUGCUGCAAUUUUCAACGUGGGUUGGGCUGCCUCUCAAGUUUCACACAUGUCCAUGGUGAAUUGCAUCACACUGAACUCAACAAGCCGGGUGGCAAUGACUAGCUGUCGCAAUGCUUUUACAAUGGUUGCCAACCUCGGCCUUUAUGCAAUUGCUUUCAUUGUAUUUGGUGUAAGAGAAGCAAGAACUCACACCGACAUUGAAAAUCAGUAUCGCUGGAUUGCAUACUCUUCAAUAUUUAUUGGAUGCUGCUUUGUGGUCAUAUUUCAGCUCGGCACUAAAGAACCAAGAUUGAUGAAUGGCAUAAAAGGAAGUUGUCGUGAAAGGAUCUCAUGGACUUUUUGGUUCAAGAAAGUUUUGUACUACCAAGUUGCUCUUGUUUACCUUAUCACCAGACUAGUUCAAAAUGUUUCACAGGCGUAUCUUGCGUUCUAUAUUAUUAAUGAGCUGCAAUUGGUUCAAUCAGCAAAGGCUUUGGUCCCUGCCAUGAUCUACAUUUGCAGCUUUAUUGUAUCUGUCAUCAUGCAGGAGUUGUCAUGGACUGGCCAACGCCUGAAGGUUUAUUAUUCUGCUGGUGGCAUUAUUUGGAUAUUUUGUGGUGCAGGGAUCCUUCUUCUACCUAGAAGCUUGAGUGGUUUCAUGUAUGUAAUAUCGAUGUUUAUUGGCUUGGCAAAUGCUCUAAUGACGGUGACUGCAGUGAGCAUGCAAAGUGUUCUAGUUGGUUCAAAUGUCAACGGCUGCGCAUUUGUUUACGGAUCUUUGAGCUUCUUAGAAAAAAUGUCAUGUGGGUUUGCCUUAUAUAUUCUUCAAUGGUUCCAAAGAACAUCUCCGAGCGUCCACGAAACCAACUUCCAAGAUACGUAUAUAUCAGUCACAAGAUAUGGUAUGGGACUUCUUCCGGCUUUUGCUUCUCUUGUGGGAGUAGUUGUUACUUACACAAUGGAGCUCCAAAGUCAUUAUCCGGAGCCUUUGAUGGAGUCACUUCUGGAAUAGUGUUUCCAAAACAAGUCCAUCAACACAGAGUGGUGGACUAACCUAAACUGAGAAGAGAGAGAGACAGAGAUAGGGAUAGAGAUGACUAUCAACAGAUGAAGAAAUUCCCAUCUUGGGAUUUUAGAGUGAAACCAACUUGUGUAGGAAGAUAUCAUUUUAGUUCAGUUAAAAUAUUUGAUGUAUUUCAUUUUCACAAGUAGUGCAAGAAUAAUCACGAUUCCAUGUACCAUAUUCUUGAUCUUUACGUAGGUCAAAGCUCAAGGUUCGUACUUAUUAUUUUUUUUAAAUAUAUGGCCACAUUAAAUCACUAUUUUAUAUGGUGAA